CUUUUCCUUUUCAGCAUGCGUCUGCGCGAUUCCGAGGUCUGGCAGGUGGAGGUGGCAGGAAGGCCCUGCUGCCUGACAGGGGCGUUCCGCUCGAGGGCCGCUCUGCGGGGGCCUCGCCAGAACCGUGUGAACAGCGACGGCGAGCUCAGCGCGAGCUCCAGAAUGGCAGUUAUAAAAUCGUCGGCAGUUUAAAACGUCGGAGGUUGGGAGGGACGGCUAGCGCGUUCGCCGACGUUGACGCCCCGCUCAGGCUCCCUCCCAAAAUGCUCGAGGCGCUUGGUGCUCGGGUUGCCGAGCGUAAGGCGCAGAUGCUUCCCACCAAAAAUGGUUGCUGCUUCUGGUUCGGCCGACAGCGGCCACAGAAGAAACGAUGCCGCUGCAGCGCCAGGACUGUCAGGCGACCCGGCAGGCCGCACGAGCUCGUCUGCCGUGAGCGCGGCCCGUGCAGGCGCCGUGGUCGGUUACGUGCGGAGGAGACACAGGUUUGCCCGACUUAACCCUGACCGCGCAUGCUACUGGGGUGACAAUUGCCAACCGUUGCCGCUUUGGGCCGUGUGCUCCCCAUGCAGCGAAGAAAAUACCGACCCCUGGGUCAUUCAGCGUGUGACAUUGUUGUCCCUCCCCUCCCCCGGCGCCGGGCAUGGCCAGUUUGGAAGGGCGGGGGGCGGAAGCGAGGAGGAGGAGGAGGAGGAGACAAGGCAGGCUGGAGCCAGGGACGACGGCGCGCGCGGGCCGCAGCCAGGAUGCCAGUGUUCGAACAGGCCUUGAACCAAAAUGCGCUCCUCCAGGAUUAGAGAAUUGGGGCAAUUGUAUUGCAAAUGCAGUGCGCCAGAGAAGUGUACUGCAUUGAAGUGCGGCACGCCGCAAGAAGCUGGGACGCAGAACACGCAUCACCCCGCUGGGCCCACGAGCGGCGCCAGCUGGCGAGAAGGCCUCCGGCAGAUGGCCCGCACGACCCGGAGGCGCAGCUAGUUCACCUCCGCGGGGGGCUCCGCGGCUGCGCUGGCGCCCGCUGCGACAUGGCCUCGCCGUGCGGCACUGGCGCGGCACCCCCGUCGCCCGCCUCCAGCCCGGCCGCGGCGCCGCCCCUGGCCGCCGCGGCCGCCUCGGACAGCUCCGCGAGCCAGCCGAGCAGGCUCGGCUGCCCCUGCGGGCUGCUCAAAAACCCGAACUCCUCGUCCGUGAGCCAGGCGUAGAAGCAGCCCGUGUCCGUGGGGAAGGCAAAGGCCUGCACCUCCCGGCGGCCGCGACGGGGAGGCGGAUCGCCCAGGGGGGAGGAGCACGCGAGACUACACGCCAGGGUGGCCCUUCGCCGGAGGUGACCCUGGGUGCGGAGCCUCGGCCCAAGGGGGUCUCCCCCGCAUGGACUUGCGCCAUCGGAGUUGACCGCCGCGCGCCCCCAUUAGGCCGCGCACCAAAGGCCACGCACUCUUGCGCAGAGCCAGCCCUGCGUGUGGCCCACUGCACGCACCCAGGGGCUCCGACCGUGCAGGUCUGCCUCCAGCGAGGCUCCCCGGCGAAGGCUCGCGGUGCCCGCCCCUGGGUCACCCACGCCCCUGUUGUGCCUCCGCCGAGCCUCGCUCCUGGAGAGGAGCGAAAGAGGGGCGCAACACACAUAAACUGACGGAGGCCAGAAAGUUGACCCGCUUGUGCUUACGAGUCCCCGAACAGCUUGCUGAAUGGGGUGGGGCUGUGGCAAGAAUUAGCCCGGCGAAGGACCCAUCCAUGUGCAGUUGUGA